GGGGAGGAGACAGGGCAGGGGGAGCUGCACUUUCAGUUGAUCAUUACUUAAAAACUGCAGCUCAGAGUUCAUCCCAGCACUCCCCUACUCAUCCAGGGCAGAUCUGACAGACCCUCAUUCCAUCUCCCCCACUUAGGGCAGAUCUGACUGCCCCUUCCAACUCCCAUCAUGUCCAGACCCCUGUCUGACCAGGAGAAGAGGAAGCAGAUCAGUAUUAGGGGCAUUGUGGGGGUAGAGAAUGUGACUGAGCUGAAGAAAGGAUUUAACAGACACCUUCACUUCACCCUGGUCAAAGACAGGAAUGUGGCCACCACCAGGGACUACUACUUCGCCCUGGCCCACACUGUGCGGGACCACCUGGUGGGCAGGUGGAUCAGGACCCAACAGUACUACUAUGAGAAGGACCCCAAGGUAACCCCAGUCUGUGAAUGCAUUGCUGUCCCUUUAAAUCCUAUCACUACCAGAGUGGUUUAACCCCCACUAGCACUGAAAAGGUUAAACAAAUUUGCAAUUUUGCCCUCUUAUGUUUUAGGUGUGGGGGGGUGCUGCUAAACAUGUCACACUAAGGGUUAACUUGAAGCCAAUGCAUGCUGCAGGUCAAUGCACCAACUACUACUUUACUUAAAAAGCCCAUGCAGUUAAAGCAGGAGGUCUGGCUUACCUGAGUGACAAUUCCCAGAGUAAGUCCAGCUAUCUGCUCAUUGCUGGCUGAUUCUUGGCAGUGACAGGGUUAAUCUGAUUUCUCCAUUGUUUGGUAUUAAUUCUCUUCCUGUUUGUUGCUGCAGGAACUGGCUGUGUUCACACAUUACUUUCCUCCCCAAUUAAGGACAUUUCCCUUUAAUUAAAUCGCCCCAAGCCUUGGGCAGUUACUGCACUACUCCCUUAAUCAGACCUGCUCCAGGCUGUAACCUGGCCAGUGGGAUUGACUCACUAAACAGUGACUGGAGUUAGAACUUUCUAAUUCUGUUAAACAUUCCAAUUCACUAUUAUUAUUAUUAUUAUUAUUAUUAUUAUUAUUAUUAUUAAAUUUAACAGUAAAACCCAGCAUUUACUGCAGCUGCUGGAAUUAUACUGGCAUUGGGGAAUUUAUCUUGGCUCAGCUAUUUCUGUCUAAACAGAUUCACCUGGAUUUCAAUUCACUACAAUUUGGUGUUUAGUGAAUAAGCCCCAUGGGUGGUGCAGACAUUUGGCUCAGCAGUGACUGGCUGCUGGGUUUAUUAAGGCCUAGAAGUGUAUGGUUGUGGUUUUUAUCAUUUUUGUUCAGUUUUGUUGUUACCCUGAGCUGUGCAGCUUAAUUUCUGUUUAUUUAGGGUGUGUCUGCCUGAUUUCAUUCUCUGGGCAUUGGUUCAGCCUUCAAACUUGGCUCUCUGACAUUUUUGUUUAAAAAUAAAAUACAAUUGUCAGACUUUUUAUUUUAACUUAUUUUUGCAAUCGAAACAACUAUUCAGUAUCUGAUUUACCAUUCAGAGUGUAAUAAGCCCCCCCCCCCCCAGGUGUCUGUAACAUUAACACUGUCCUGUCUGGUGUAAACUGCCCAGAGUUACCCGAGAAUCUCUCACUUUGUUUCUAAGCCCGCUAUUCUGGCCUGAAGUUCUCCUAAUCGGUGGUUUCUGGUUUUAUAUUCCUCGUUCCCCGUUGCAUUCCUGACAAUUCGCAGUGUAGUGAAUGGCUGAGUGUGAUGUGAGCAGACCUGCUGAGUGAUUUAGUAAAACCAGAGGAAACUCACAUUUGUAGGAGCGAAAUCUCUCCAGUUCACCAAAUUUGGUCUAAAAUGUAGAGUCCCGGCUAAUUCUAGACUUGCAGAAUAAACCCACUGCAGAUUUACUUACAUUAUUUUUAAACCUAAAUCGUGCAAGUUGUCGUUAAACGCCAUUAAGUGAAUAACUGCCUUGUGUAAUAUUCCAGGGGUGCUGCUACCUGGCUGACGGGAGGUAGAGAUUUUGUAAUUUUGGCCUUGGUAUGUAGACACUGUUGACACUGCAGGUCCCUGGAGGAGGUCAAUUUAGUACAUGGGGUGGCCCUUUAACCCGUGCACGGCUGUGUGUGCAUUAUAUCACUAUUAUUUUACAGUCUGUUAGUAAUGGUCUAUAACAGACAGCCCAGCUGAUUAGAACUGCAAAUCCUAUGACCCUUUUUCAGGAAUCUGUAACCGCUUGGUGACUGUGUGAUUGUGCGGGGCUUGGCUGAGUGUAAUGUGUAUGUGUAGAGUUGUCUGUAAGUGAUUUUUGUUUGUGUAAUCUUAAGAAAAAUAUCAAUAAUCAGUGAGCCGGGGCCGAGAGGGAGAACUUAAUUUUAUGGUUAUGAACUAAAUAGACGAUUGCCAACAGAGCCCCAACAGUAAGAGCCGGGCCUGGUCACAAUAGUGACAGUUGUACACCUGAUAAUUCCAUGACUGAUCACAUCCCAUCCCCCCAAUAAUACACUUCUAGGGUGCUAGUCAAUAAUCUGGGAACAGGGGAGAGCCGACGAUAGGAUUGCAAAUAUUUAGCACAAAGUGAUUUUGGUGGGAUGAAGAUGUUUGCAUAUUAUGUUUUUUCCUAAAAUUGGCCAGUUUAUCGCAAUUCCUGGCUCUGUGACUAGACCUGUCUAUCUGAUAACUUGGCUGCAGUAACAGCUCAGCUAUAAUGUUUUGCAGUUUGGUUUUUAAUUCCGUGAUUUCUCGCAUACCAAUAAAAGAGAUGACCCAUUCCGCACUUACCCGUACCGAGCAGACACUGGGCAGUAUACGGUGAAACGUGUUUUUAUUAAGGUUUCAGUUGGAAUACCUAUUUGAGAAUGGAGUGGCCGUAUGUUCGUUACAGUUGUGUGUUAAAUCUGUGUCCCUGUAAUCCAUAAAAUUAGCUUUUAUUAAACUUUUUUUGCAGAGAACCUACUAUCUGUCUCUGGAAUUCUACAUGGGUCGCACCUUGCAGAAUACGAUGAUUAACCUGGGCCUGCAGAAUGCGUGUGACGAAGCCAUCUACCAGGUAGCCAUUCCCCCCUGCACACUAUGAGACUGGUAAUCUGGUUUUAUUUCUUGAUUUAGCUCCGAGCCAGUGCCGUAAUUAGCCGCUAUUACAAAGAUUUAAACAUCAAGUCAAACUCGUCACAAUGAACGUUUCUCCUUUAUCCACCGACAACUAUUUUACUGUCUGAACAACCAAUUACAACUGUCCUGGCCCUUUACUGCAUCCCAGCAGAUCUCCUGUUUCCAUAACACUAUUGCCAAUAUGAGUUUAUGUCCCAUCUUUUUGUUCUUCUGACCCUGUGCUUCCUCCGACACCAUUGUCUGAUAACGGUUAUCACGAGAUCCAUCCUGAUCGCAGUCCUCUCUCCUAUCCCAUAUUUGGAAUGGGGUGUCCUAACUACAGUCUGAAAUUCAGAGUCUGGAUAAUUCUAAAUAACUACUGUUAACAGGCACAUUUCAUUGUACUUGUAGCAGAAGUAGAUUUUGUUACCUGCCGGUAGUGCGGCCUGUUUACGUCUAUAGCCGGUACCUGCCGGUAGUGCGGCCUGUUUACGUCUAUAGCCGGUACCUGCUGGUACUGCGGCCUGUUUACGCCUAUAGCCGGUACCUGCUAUGACUGUUUUUCUAGUUGUUACUAACAGGUCCCACGAUGUAAGUCUGAAAUGGUGGCACUGAGGGAUCUGUCAGGGACUAAUCUCAGCCACCGGUUUGUGAUAGAGAUGGUCCGUUCUUGCAAGUUACACAGUACUCUAGUUCAGCCUUGCCUUAUGUAAUCGCCCUGUUUAUUGAUUCAAUGAGCCGGCUGUGGGCACGGGGGGGGCAUGAGGGGAGCCCGGACAGACUGUUCUUGGUAUGCAGGAGGAAUACCAGAGCACUUAUUCACAUUUCAGGAAAUGCUCUGCCGCCAGUUUGCCAUAUCAACAGAUUAUCCUUCAUUUAUAUGGAAAGGAACAAAACUUGCCCUGGGCCAACGUCGAUCCUGCUUUGGCUCAGGAUAUAAAAACUCUUCUUGGAUUGUCUAUUUAAAAAAAAAAAAAAAAAAAAAUUAAAAAUUAAAUAGCAGGGCUAUUUACUACAGUGAGAAUUGCUUGACAUUCAAAUACAAUACAAUGUGCAUUUCAAAUGUAAGGCCAAAAUAGCCGAUUUUUAGAAAAAUUCUCCCAGUCCAGUCUGUGUUCGGUUUGGCUAUUGUUUGAAAUUCUCACUUUUUUUUUUUUUUUGUGUGUAAAUCAGUCUGUAAACGUGGAUUGCCAAGGAUCCUGUUUCCUAUAUUAUGACCCGCAGGGCCGUAGCUGGACACAGAGGGUUAAUGUGCUGGGUGCUAUUACAAUAUGACUAAAUGGAGCAAAUAUGCUGCUGUUCUGUAAAUGUCCCUGAUGGCUAAGAGUGAUGGGAGUUCUAGCUAUCCACUUUCAGAAGAGCAAACUACUGCAUUUAAUAAUAAUUAUGUAUAAUAAGAUAUUGGGGGCAUAUCCCACCUUCUAAAUUUAAGAAUAGCACGGACCUCCACUAAACGUUUACAUUGACACUGUCAUGAAACAGGUGAUUGGUUUAAUUUUUUUAGGAAGAGAUGGGAGCCUCUGAUCUCUACAUUGUGCUGGACAGCUGCAUAGACUCUGGUGGUUUUUGGUUCUAAAUAUCUCCCAUAGUGAGGCCUCUGGACCUCAAGCAAUGAAUUGACUAUCUCAUUGUACUCCAUCUGCCAGCUUAAUGUCCUCUUCAGCAGCCAGGUUGUUAGAUUGUCAUUAAUGGGGGAUGCAAUGACCGGACUACACAUACCUGCUGACAUGGGGUAAUCUUUACGCAACUAUACACAGAAGGGUUGUGUUGUGUAUGUUUGUUUUUGGAAGGGCAGGUGCUAACCUCAUGCUUUGUUUACCCUAAUCUUCUUCAUGCAGCUUGGCCUUGACAUUGAGGAGUUGGAGGAGAUGGAAGAAGAUGCGGGUCUAGGGAACGGGGGUCUUGGACGUCUGGCAGGUACGUGACUUGUUUGGAUUCCAAAUACUCAGCACAAGGAACCUGUGACCUGACGUACAUGCCAUUACUGUUACAUAUUAUAUUGUAAUCAGAACUCCAUGGGAUGUCUGGAUUAAAUGUGGGUCCUAAAAAAAUAAAUAAAUAAGUCCUAAUGAAUCCCACCUGUUAUCUCCAUGUUUGUGCAGUUAGUUUAGGAAAUUCUUGUAAUAGUGACUUUGUUUUUGCGAUGUCAUUUACCUGAUCGUUGGUAACAAGAUUCACUAAUGACCAUUUACGUUUUCUUUUAAUCAGCCUGUUUUUUGGAUUCUAUGGCCACCCUUGGACUUGCUGCGUAUGGUUACGGGAUCCGAUACGAAUACGGUAUUUUUAAUCAGAAAAUUCGAGAUGGAUGGCAGGUAGGUGUCUGCAGCAGUUAUUUGGACCAUUUUUAACGUGUGACUGACUGUGGGCACAGUGUUCAGCUAUUCAUUUAUAUUUAAACAAGCUAUGUCUCCCCCACGUUGAGGUAUAGUGGUAUCCAUGUGUCUGUACCAAUAAUGACUUCCUCUUAGUCUUAGUUUUUCAUUAUGAGGAAACCUGUUGCGUUUUAGGAGCAUGGCUGUUGGUGUUGAGAAACUGUAGGUUUUGUAAAACUUUCCACUCCAUAGUUGCCCAAGAUUGCUUCCUUUAAAUACUGCCAAAAAUGAGCUCUUUGUUUCAUACAAUAACUGAGCGGGGAGGGGGUUAUGUAAUCUGAAUGUCUUUGUUUAUAUUUGGUGAACACGAUUUUCUCCUGAUAAACUGACACUUGUCUCUUUAUUUACCUUCCCAUAUUCUCCUUAAUAUAGUGUCUGUGCAAAGACCGUGACACACGCAUCUAGUCUGUAAUUGCAAUUUGAUUUCGCCCCCCUUUUUUUUGUUGUUGGAUUUAUCAUUUCAAAACUCCCCCAGGAACACCAUUUAAAGAGAAAGCAACUCUGCGUUUUGUUAAAUGAAAUUUCUGAUCUUGGCUUGAUUUUAAAAACCUUUUUCUCACAGCACGUUGUUCCAGUUUUACAUAGUUAGUUACUAAAGUGAAUUUAAGAUGAAAACAGUCGAACUGAAGGAAUUCUCCAAGUCCGAUAUAUACUUGCAGUUUGGCUACUCUGGCCUUCAAUUUGAAAUUCACUUUGAAUUCUGACCGUGACAUUGUUCUCUUUGGAGUGUGAAUAUGUAAAUAAAUCCUACAGGAAUGUACAGCUCCCUAACAGGCAAACACAGUGACCCGUUAUGGGGUACCCAGGAAUUCGUACCAUGCCACCCAAAACAUGCUCUUUCUUUUUGCAGAUAGAGGAAGCAGAUGAUUGGCUGAGACAUGGAAACCCGUGGGAAAAGGCGCGUCCGGAGUACAUGCUUCCCGUCCACUUCUAUGGGAGAGUGGAAAAUACGAAAACUGGGGUCAAAUGGGUUGAUACGCAGGUAGGUGACUUUGUAUUUGUGUACUGGGAAUUUGUGGAGAAACACUUUCUUCACCAAAAGUAACAGAGGUGGCAGUAAUUAAUACUGCAAAGUAUGACUAAUAUCACAAUUCUUUUAUUUACUAUACACACCAAUAAGGACCCUACCUCCUGCCAAGCGCAAUUCAUCUUUUAAAUUUAAACAGGUACUUUUUUUUUUUUUUUUAUUAUGGGCACCCUCACAUUUGAAAGGAACUGAUGGGAAUCACUUGGGAUCCAGAGUUUUUCCGGGAGAUUAUUAAAUCGUAGACAAGAGAUCCUUUUCAAACCCUGACGCAGUAUAAGGGUAGCUGUAGAGAUUAAGUAAUGUUUUUUUUAAAAAUUGUUUUAUUGUCCAGUUCUGGGACACUGCCUUCGUACAGACCAGGGACAAUGCAAAUUCCAGAUCUUUGUCAGUUGGCUCGUUGCGUAAUACUUGCACAAUUCUGCGACCUGAAGUUAAAUGUAUAAUUGUGGAAGCUCUUUCAGAUCUUCGGAUGAAAGUUCUUUCCUCACUUAAAACCAGCCCAGUCCUGAUUUAAGAAUCUGUUUUGAAUGUACAUACUUCGAUGAUAUAGCUGUAUCUCACCUGGGUCCUUUGUGCUUGUCCUUUUAUCAGGUUGUCCUCGCCAUGCCGUACGAUACGCCGGUUCCUGGAUAUAUGAAUAACACCGUAAAUACCAUGCGACUAUGGUCUGCUCGAGCUCCUAAUGACUUCAACCUCAGAGACUGUAAGUUUGGGCAGUGGAGGCUGUUGCUGUGAUGGAUGGUGGAUAUUUUAUUUUGACUGCAGGUAUAGUAAAUGAAAGUACCUGCUUGGACUAAAUGCACAGAUAUUAGAGAUCUGAGCGGCCUGGUGUAGAAAAGUCAGUUUUUGUUGUGCUGGUGGGACACAUGGCCUCUCCCUUUGUCCUUUUUCACCCGGUAUAAUUCAUUACUGUGCAGCCAUCCUGAAUGUAAAAAUCUUAAUCCUUUUUCAUUUCUAGUAAUCAAAGAGUGUGUGUGUGUCAAUCUGCAAUCUGUACAUUUUACUGCGAUAGUAAAUCUGUGUGUGACUCUCCUAAUGUAUAGCUGAAUCGGCCCUGUUAUCGCAAUCAAUGAAAGCGCUUGAGACUCUGCAUGGCUACUCCUGCAUUAAAUCCUUGUGCAAAUGGGUUUUAUGACCAAAACAACUUGCAGCCAAGACUAACAUUUAAAAUGUUUUGCAAACCAGACUUUAUUUAUUCUGUAAUCCUGCUUUGUUUCCCUCUUUUCCCCAGUUAAUGUUGGAGAUUACAUCCAGGCUGUUUUGGACCGAAACCUGGCUGAGAACAUAUCUCGCGUCCUGUACCCAAAUGAUAACGUGAGUCUGCUUCAAGCUGCUGUAUAUAACACCCUGUUUGCAUACUAUACAGGGAGGUCCAGUGGCUUCCCACCUGUGUGUUAGUUGCCUGUUAGAAACCAACCCAGCCCAGGUGUUCUGACACUUGGGUUGACUCCUUGUUGUAUAUUCUGUCCCGUGAAAGUAAUUUUUUUACAUUUUAUUCUUUCUCUCCAGUUUUUCGAAGGAAAGGAGCUGCGUCUGAAGCAGGAGUACUUUGUAGUGGCCGCUUCCUUGCAGGAUAUCAUCCGUCGAUUUAAAGCAGCUAGGUUUGGCUGUCGGGAUACCAUUCGGACUGGAUUCGAUGCUUUUCCUGAUAAGGUACUGCAUCCCUCUUAAAUGUUGGAUAAGCAGUCCAUCAACUGACUAUUAUAUAAUCAGAGGGAGGGGAGGAACACCCUCAAACUUGCUCGGUGGCCCUGGUGUUGCAAUGUGCUGAGCUGACUUGCUUGCGGUUUUGUCCACUAGUAAGCAAGCAUUUCUUGGUAAAUUUAAUGACAGCCAGAGUUGGGAGCGAUAUACCCGUCCAGUAUGCUUCCAAACAUAGAAUCUGUCAUUUGGCUGUUUAUGGAGGAUGUAAUGUAGAAGAAACGAGUUGAAAUGCUAGUUUCUGAAGCAAUAGGAAUAGAAGUGGACAUUUGUGACGUCUGCCCUCCAGCUGCUGUAAGAGUACAUUAUUUGAAUGGCUGUCAGAGGAUUCUGGGAAAUGUAAUCCUAUGGGUGAUGUAUAGGGAAUCCCUGUUCUGAAAGAUACAUGUUGCCUAUCUUUUCUGUUGUGUGGAGCUUAAAUGUUACAUGUUUUAAAUCCUAAACCCAAUGACUGAACAGGUGGCCAUCCAGCUGAAUGACACCCACCCGGCACUGGGGAUUCCAGAACUCAUGAGAGUCUUCCUGGACAUCGAAAAACUCCCCUGGGACAAGGUAACAAACUCUAAGCGAUAACUGUGACCAUUUAUAUCUUCAUAACAAGACCAAUACCAAUUGUUGGUAUAUACUCUGGUGGGUCUAUGCUGGCUGGGCUUCGUAGCAAUCUUCACAAACACCGUGACAAGGUUCUCCAUGAUUGCCGGAAGGUAACUUCAAUCCUCUUGCCUCUUGCUGUGCUUCCAUGAUGGGUGUUGGAGCCUGUCUCCAGCAAAACCUUUUUUAUUUUUUGUCUGUCUGGCCAAGGGCUGUGUUUGUUUUUAGAGUUUCUGUGCAUUUUGUGAAGAGCAGUGAACAUACUUGAUACACUCUCUGCAGUAACUUAGCCAGUACGUUUAGUCAGACUUUACAGUGGAAAUAUUAUUAUUUUUUUUAUUUUUUAUUCUUAUUUUUUAUGAACACCCAUAAACUGGGUGAAAGAUGCAGAACACAAAGUCCCUGUCGUUCAACAAUCCCCUCACCUGUACUUUUUUUUUUUUUGCUUCUGACUCAUAUUCUCUGUGCAUGUUCCUCAGGUCACUAGGACACAGGCCCUGCAGUGCUUUGGGUGGAAACCAGUGACUUGCAGUGUGGGGAAAAACUAGAAUUAAUGGAGUGAUGUUACAUUUUGAAUCAUUACUUUUUAUUGGUCACUCUGUUAAGGUAGUAAAAGGUGGAUGUAGGGGGGUGUUGAUGAAUAUUUGGAAUAAAACCUGGUGGACAGAUGAAUAUAUUGCAAGCUGAGGAUUUUCACAUAAACUUGUAGAAUGAAACAGACAUGAAUUUGACAGAAGAUGGAGCGAGGAAUUUAAAAAAAAAAAAAAAAAAAAUGAAGAAAAUUUUAGGAUAGAAAUAAUGCUGUGUUUUGUAAGAUGAUCAAAUAGACUGAUAACUUUAUGAAAUUCUAGUUCUUAUCGGUCUUUCCUUUGUAAGAUUAAGGAACUAAGGAGUUGCUACAGAAACCAAUGAGGAACUGUCUGUGUUGUGAAAAAGCCAAUUCUAUCCAACAUGCAUGUUUGUGUGUGUGUGUGUGUGUGUGUGUGUGUAUUUUUAAUGCCUAUUUAUUUCUUACACCAUAUAAACAUUGUCUAAUUUCAUUCAGAAUUGUAAACCAUAAUUACAGUAGUGUGGAUUGAGAGGUGUGUAUAUUUCCUCUAAAUUGCCACGAUUGUGACUGAUAUCAUUAAAUUUGAAUAAUCCUCAUCCAGGCCUGGGAAAUAACCAAGAAAACAUUUGCCUACACCAAUCACACGGUGUUACCGGAAGCCCUGGAACGUUGGCCGGUGGAAUUGUUUGAGAAGCUCCUGCCGAGACACCUGCAGAUAAUCUACGAGAUCAACCAUAGGCAUUUGGAUGUAAGCAUGAUAACCUCCUUGUGUAGGGAAUUUGUCUACAGAAUCUGUAAUUCGCAAGGUUUUUAUUUACUUAUUUUUCUUGGCAUCUCCCGUAAUGCGCUGUCUGCUUACAGGAGGUUGUGUGUUAAUUGGGCUGAUGGAUGAACAGUUACUGGCUGGAGAGUAACCUCUACUAAAUCUGAAAAUGUUUGUGUGCGUUUUUAAAUAUUUGCCUCUUAGAUGAUAAAAGGCAGAAUGAAUCCUCUUAAAUGUAUGAACAGUCUAAUUCCCGUGAUUAUUGUACAGGUUUGUGUGUAUGCCCUCAAUCUGUCGCCAGCUUCCAACCCUGUUAGGAGGGUACAUCUAAAGCACCACAUGUUGGCAUAAUUCAUUAAAAAUAAUCAUGCGCACGGCCCACUUGUUUACUUUCCAGUCCUAUUAAUAAGGGCCCAAGGAAAUAAAAUGGCUGUUACGUGUUUGACCUAAUUAUAUAAUUUGCCUACUAAUUGUCUGAUUACUGCAAUGUGGUGCUUCCUUCAUGUGUCAAUUUAUCUCUCUCCCGCACUGGUGACCUCUAUUUAUAUGUUUAUCUUUUUUCCAUUCUUCGGAAAUAUUAGAGAAUCUCUGCCCUCUUCCCUGGAGAUAUGGACAGACUGAGGAGAAUGUCUUUAAUUGAGGAGGAUGGUGGUAAAAGGGUUAACAUGGCCCAUCUGUGCAUCGUGGGGUCGCAUGCUGUGAAUGGCGUGGCCAGGAUCCAUUCUGAAAUUGUCCGGGACAAAGUGUAAGAACGACCGUUGCUAUGAGAUGUAAAGAAUAUGUUUCUAAUGUGCUGUAUUGACCUAUUCUUCCUGUUUAAAGUACUCCUGUUCACUGGUUUCGCUACAUCUGUAAGUGUUUCCAAUUUUUCACUCUGGGAUGUGCUGCACUUGUGCAAUUUAAUGCGUUCUAGAACUUCAUGAAAAAUUCUGGAUAUUUAUCUUAAAAUUACAGCACUUACACUUUUUUGGUAAACUUGUAAAUUUUGCAGUCUUUAUGGAUUACUUAACAGGUAACCAUUCCAGGGCAACAAAUACAGAAUCUCACAACGCCAGCCCUCUGAAUGACUUGUGUGUUUUUGUAGGUUUAAAGAUUUCAGUGAAAUUGAGCCAGAAAAAUUCCAGAACAAGACAAAUGGGAUCACACCCCGACGAUGGCUCCUCCUGUGCAACCCAGGGCUUGCUGAGCUAAUAGCAGAGGUAAGUAGUCAUCCUGGAUGGACAUGCUGUUCUUUCUCCCACACAGCCCAUGUUCUGAUGGGUUCAGAGAGAGCCUUGGCUCCGGGAGAUGAUGACCAGAGACUAUUGCCGGUGUAAGCACUGAGCUGUAAUAAUACCUCUGGCUGUGGAAGUCACGUUCAUUUUACAGCCGGUAUAAAAGGUCUCCUCUGAAGUGAUCUGACUGUCUUAUGACUGGUACACUAGCAGUGAUACAAAGUGUAUUUUUAAUUUCAGAAAAUAGGUGAAGAUUAUGUGAAUGACCUGAGCUUGCUGACCAAACUCAACAAAUUUGUGGAUGAUCCUGGAUUUAUUCGAGAUAUUUCCAAGGUGAAAGAGGUAAGUUCUCACUCUCUGAUAUGUUCUAUUUAUCUUAUUUUGGUUUCUGUUGUCGAGACCGGAGUUGAAUUUGUACAUGGUAUCUAAUGGUGCUCAUUCUACCAAUUAGGAGAACAAGCUGAAGUUUGCCCAGUACCUGGAGAAGGAGUACAAGGUGAAGAUAAACCCAGCUUCCAUGUUUGAUGUCCAAGUGAAGAGAAUCCAUGAGUAUAAGAGACAACUCCUCAACUGUCUCCACGUGAUCACCAUGUACAAUCGUAGGUCUCCCACCAUCUUUUAUAUCCAGUAAAGAAACAAAGUGAUCUCUUUAUAAAGGGCCCCACGAUCCCUUCUCCUUCCCUUCCAGCCCAUGUUUAUAUUGGUAUAUGUGAGUAAAGGUUUGCUUUACCCCUAACAUAAUAUGAAUUCCAGGAAUAACCAGAAAAAUGCAACCUUUUUAAUUUAUAAAAUUGAUUGGAUUAUUCAUCUAUUUAAAUAUUAUGUUUACCUAUCUCUAGUCAUGUAGUCUAUAAAACACUCCCAAUGUGUAGCCUGAUUACUGGUGAAGCAUCAUGGGGGAUGUAGUUCUACAGCAUGUGGGACACUGCUUAAUAUGUCUUGAACUCUUGCAUUCAGGUAUCAAGGCGAAUCCUACAAAGGAUUUUGUUCCAAGAACCGUUCUGAUUGGAGGAAAGGUAUGUCAUGGUCUUACUUUCCACCCUUUUGCUUCUUAAGAUUGACUCCUAAAUUGUAAAAAAAAUCUCAUGAGUCUGACUGUAAAUAUGUUUUUUCAUAAAAAAAAAAAAAAAAAAAUCAUCUUUUUGCUUCAAAUCCUAAAAUUUUCCAGCAUUUACAUAAUAGUCUGAAAACUCCUUGAAGGCAGAGUUCUUCUGUAAGAUGCAGCAGAGUCUGUAUUGACUUGUCCAAUGACUGCUGCUCUUUGAACAAUAUAUUAAAACGUAAUCCACUCCUCACCUCGCAGGAGGUAAUUAUGUUGUAGUAGAAGGAAGCUGCAAAAGGAAUCUUAAUCAAACUUUAUCCUGGCUCUAAAGCCGUAAUAUUUUCCAAAAAUAUCUUGACAGAUUUUCUUCCUACAAAUGUUAAUGGUCACGUGUUUUGUUUUUGUUUUAUGAAACCUCAUCAAGGCUGCCCCCGGAUACCACAUGGCAAAGUUGAUCAUAAAACUUAUAACGGCUGUUGGAGAAAUCGUGAAUAAUGACCCAGCAGUGGGUAACAAGCUGAAGGUCAUUUAUUUGGAGAAUUACAGAGUCUCGCUUGCUGAGAAAGGUAAGUGCUAUCUGCGUUUAAUAAGCGAUCUCACACGAUAGAAAUAGAACAUCCUCGUCAGCAGCUGCUCAAACUCUUAAAGGACCACGACACCUACUCAGAGACUGCUCUGUCAAUUAUUUCCAUCAUAUAAAUAGUCACUUUUUUUUUUUUAAUGAGAUGGUUCUCCUUUAAACGUUUAUGAUAAGACAAGUAUAAACAUGCAGGAGGGGCAAAUCCGAAAUUAAUGGAAUGUGGCCAACAUUUUCAGCUUUUAUCGUCUCCUGAGUGUGUUGGUAACCAGAAUGCAUUCUCUUGGCAGUGAUCCCGGCAACGGACUUGUCUGAACAGAUUUCCACCGCAGGCACUGAAGCAUCUGGGACGGGAAACAUGAAAUUCAUGCUGAAUGGCGCUCUGACCAUUGGCACAAUGGAUGGCGCCAACGUGGAGAUGGCGGAAGAGGCAGGAGAAGAGAAUUUGUUUAUUUUUGGCAUGAGAAUAAACGAUGUUGAAGAGAUGGACAAUAAAGGGUAUUUUUAUUUUAAUAUAUUAAUACAAUUGGUCUAAAAUUAUAAAACUCUGUCCUUAAAAAUUAUUUCCCCAUUCCUCCAAAAAGUAAUGAAUUAAUUAAUAUUUAAAAUUUAUACGAAGGCAAAACCAUUUUAACCCUUCAAGAACCAGAAUAAGUUGGUGUCGAUCACCUUGUGCAGACAGUCCUGUUAUUUUGUCUCAAUCUGCAGGUACAACGCUCUGGAAUUCUAUGAAAAAAUCCCAGAACUAAAAAAGUGUAUUGAUCAGUUACAAAGUGGCUUCUUCUCCCCGAUGCAUCCUGACCAGUUUAAGGAUCUGGUGAAUAUGCUUUUCUACCAUGACCGGUGAGUCUAGUGCAGAAUGGCCCCUCAAGCAAUCAGUCCAAAAUGUAGUCGAUUCUCUCCUUGUCUUGGGAUAAGUUCCCCUUUAUAAUUCUGACCCGUCUGACCGUAUUAGUAAGCAUUUUCCCUGCCAUCAAAUGAAAUGAUUUGUUUCUUUAUAUCGGGGUCUAUCUUUUUGGGGGGGGGAUGAUCUCCUACAGGAUAGGCUGGGAUGUAAUAUAUGAUUGGGGCUAUACAGAUAAAAUAAAUGUUUUAUUUCUUAAAAAGGUUCAAAGUCUUUGCAGAUUAUGAAGCCUAUGUGAAGUGUCAAGAAAAAGUCAGUGAGUUAUACAAGGUAAGCGAUUUCCAUAUUUUAAGAUAAGCAGCGAUCUUACUUUGGUUUCUGAUGUCCCCCCAAUCACCCCAGACGUAGUUUGUAUAGAAUAUUGCCCCCUACUCCUCCUCACAGUGCAUCCCAUAAUUCAUGUUCGUUCUAGUCUGUGUUCUUUUAACGGUUAGUAUCUUGAAAUCUAUUUUAUUUUUGGUUUCCUUCUGCAGACUCCUAAGCAAUGGACAAAAGUUGUUAUUAAAAACAUAGCAGCCUCUGGGAAGUUCUCCAGCGAUCGGACCAUCAAGGAGUACGCCAGGGAUAUCUGGGGCGUCGAACCCUCUGAUUUGAAAAUCCCACCACCCAAUGAACCGCGGGAUGCCCUUGAUGAAGUGGUCGCUUGUGCCCAAAAAGCUAAAGCCUGAUCUGAGCUCCUGCACAAUUUUAAGACCAGAGUAUCUGUUCUGACGUUCUAGAACACUCUGCCUUUAACCUAGUGAGAGAAACUCUGCACAACUAAAAUUUCACGUAAAACUUCCGCUUUCUCAUUUACAUAGCCUGCUUUGUGGUUUCAUGCUGGUCGGAGACUGGAGUCUGCAUUUUGCUCGGCGUAGUUUUGUCUUGGAAUGAUGGUUAAUACGUUUACAACCUGAAACCGUUUUUUACACUUUUUGUAUCAGCCGAAGAGUGUUUGCUAGGAAUCAGAUGUUUUCUACAAAAAACAUCUGCCAUUUUGUAAACUAUUCUGCACAAAUUAAUAAUAAAAAUAAAAAAUGUUGAAUUUGAUUUUCUUUCAUUCUGCAGAUA